AUGUGCUUCUCUACUCUCCUGAUCUACAAGUGCACUACCGAAGGCUGCAACCGCGAAUCCGCUCCACGACAGGCCUCAAUCGACGCUUGUCGCCCAAAAGCCGAACUGGAAAAGCAAAAGCACCCUCCUUGGCCUUGCAGUAUCUGUUGUGCAUGGUUCUCAUACCCUUCUGAGUUCUGCCGAAAUCUCACCGUGCGAAGCAAAGUGGAGGGCUUUGUACCUAAGCAUGGGGAGGCGGUGGAGUGGGAGCACUACAUUACUAGGGACGGAGUCGUUAAUUUGAGGAAAGGAAGGUGUGAGCGGUGCAGGGAAGAGGCCGGGGAGAAAGAAGAGGCGACGAAUGCAGUGGAUGUGGGGAAAGCUAAGAUGGGACUUGGGGGAGAUGAUCGCGGCUUGGGGGGCGCAGAACGAAUCACGGGAGAAGAGGAGGGUGUGGUGAUGAUAUCUGCCAGUGAGCAGAAGGCAGGGCAGAUACUGCGGACUGAGUGUAAUGAUCUGGAAUGCACGGAGAAUCUCAUGGUACAACGGAGCGAGGCGGAGAUUGCGGCUGCGGUCGACGAUAUCGCCAGGCUAAUACCACUUCCUGAAGACGAGGGUGAUGGACUGAUCAUCGCUGCGGUCGAGCAGAAGACUGAGCCGAAGCUACCUCGUGAAAAUGGUAGAGAAAUUGAUGGGGACAAAGCUGGAGAAUUCAGAGAGCCGGAUGAGGAGCUUCCAAUUGUUGAGAUGCUAGAAGACGAGGUUGAAUCGCGUCCGGAAAGGAAGGCGAUGAUAUUUGAAACGGAAAGUGUUCCCGAUUCCGAUAUCGAUGAUGAGGACUUUACUAGGCUUGAAAGACGACACGACGAAUCACCAGCACAGGAGGAGUUCGACUUACUUGCCGAGCUUGCUGAAAUGUCUGCCGAGAAGAACAAGCGCGAAGCUGAAAAGAGUCGUGAAAUCGACGACGGGGAAGAAGAGGCUGAAGAAGCGGACGGGUGCCUAUUCCCCUUCACCGAACGGUGUCUCCACUACGCUCGCCUUUUCAAGCUUUCCGAGACAACCUCCGACACCAUCAAGCGACUCGCAAACUUCAUGAAGAAGAUCCGCAUGAAGACCGGCCUCCCACCGCACGCAUGCGCCGCAGCUGUCAUCCUGACCGCCAGCCAUAUCGCCUCUCCCCCUGCCCCCCUCGCCCCACGACACAUCCGACGCACCCUCUCCCUCUCUCGGACCUUAUUCCUCUACGCCUACCGCAGCCUCCAAGUCCCACCUUUUCGAAUCCAAGACCACUUUGACACCCGCAAGCUGCCGAAGCAUUGCUGCGGUCGGCCACACGGCCAGCGCUGCCCGAGCAAGCUCACGGCGUGGGGACGCUGGCAGAACAAAUGCACCGAGAUUCAGGUAGCCCCUACGAGCGAUCGGCAGGCUCGGCUGAUGUAUUACGAUUUCAAAGACGAAAUGAUGUUGCGGUAUGGACCUCGUUUCAUUACUAUGUGGGAUAAACGCCUGGACGAGAUGAAGACGGGACAGGCUUAUGCAGAUUUUUAG